AUGAUAUACAAAUACAUAUGCUAUGUCAGUAAUAAAGGACUUCGCACGUCCCCAAAAAAGGCUGCUAUCUCGCGGGCUUGCCGGGAGGUUGGGGAGGGGCGGCCCGGGCCGGGAUGGGGCAGCGGCAGUUCCGGCCCCGCCGAAGCCGCGGAAGGAGGAGCGCCUGAGCAGGAGCAGCCGGACCCGCUCCUCAGCCAAGCCAAGGGGCUGGGCAGUUAUCUCUUCAAUUUUGCCACUGCUGCUACAAAGAAGAUAUCUGAAUCAGUUGCUGAAACAGCACAGACUAUAAAGAAGUCUGUGGAAGAAGGGAAAAUCGAUAGCAUCAUCGAUAAGACAAUUAUUGGAGACUUUCAGAAGGAGCAAGAGAAAUUUGUCCAAGAACAACACACAAAAAAGUCAGAAGCAGCAGUACCCCCUUGGGUAGAUAGCAAUGAAGAAGAAACCAUUCAACAACAAAUCUUGGCCUUAUCAGCAGACAAGCGGAACUUUCUGCGAGACCCUCCAGCAGGUGUUCAGUUUAAUUUUGACUUUGAUCAGAUGUAUCCUGUCGCCUUGGUAAUGCUGCAAGAAGAUGAGCUUCUGAACAGAAUGAGAUUUGAUCUUGUUCCUAAACAUGUAAAAGAGGAGGUGUUUUGGAGAAACUAUUUCUAUCGGGUCUCCCUAAUUAAACAGUCUGCACAGCUCACUGCCCUGGCUGCUCAGCAACAAGCGGUAGGAAAGGAAGAGAACAACAGCAGAGAAGAGGUUGGACAACUCACAGAAACAGUUCGGCCCAAAACGCCACCUAUUACUAUCAAAUCUCAACUGAAAUCACAAGAGGAUGAGGAGGAGAUUUCCACCAGUCCAGGCGUGUCAGAAUUUGUGAGUGAUGCUUUUGAUGCCUGUAACCUGAAUCAGGAGGACCUAAGGAAGGGAAUGGAACAACUGGUGCUUGACAACAAGGAAGAGAAGACUUCCACAGCUGAAGAAGAGACUGCAGAUUGGGAAAAGGAGCUACAGCAAGAGCUUCAAGAGUUUGAAGUAGUAACAGAAUCAGAAAAACGUGAUGACAACUGGGAUAAAGAAAUAGAGGAAAUGCUGCAAGAAGAAAAUUAACCAAUUUCCUGAAAUCACUAUAACCCAUGAACAUUUUCUGAAAAACUGAUACGGAUCAUUGCCUUUCUGUUUGCAUCUGAAAGACCUUCACGAAAUGCAAAAAACCUAAAAUCAUUAAAAGUCCGUAUGGGGAUACAACCAGCACUGUUCUGUUCUUUGUAAGAACAGUUUUGAACUUUGAUCACUCUUCUUAAAAUAGGACUGCAGGUGAUAAAUAAUAAUCAAAAGUGGUAACAUUGUUAUAUGAAAUUACAGUUUAGUUUGAAUUAUAAUUUUAGAGGGCCAAAAUGUGCUGCUAGGCUGUGCUAGGGGAUUUGUAAAUCUAAAACAUUCUCAACUGAAGCUUAUUUACAGUUCUCUGGUGGUGACAUAAAAAUCGAAUGGUAUCUGACUAACUUUAUUCCUUCAAGUAACUGUAUUUCAUCAUGUUUGCACUCUGCUCCUGUAUUAUUUGUAUAUAUGUACCAGUUAUUAAGGUACUUGCAGCAUUAGCUUCUGUUUAAAAUUUACCUUCCUAAGAGAACGUAUGGCGCCAAAGAAUUUAUAGAAAGUCUUAUCAGAUAACUUUUCCUUAUAAUGAUUUGUUUUUUAAAAAAGCUUUUACUAAUCCAGACUCCAAAAAAUACUGAUCAGUAUUGGUUAGAUUUGGUAUAACUGCCCAACAUUUGAAUGACUAGAUAAGAAGACAGUUCCUACUUUUCCUGGUCUAAUACAUUAUCAUCUUAAACCAUCAUGUGAAGGUAUUUCCUUUCGCCCAAGGCAGAAAUGGUUUAAUAAUGUUCUGUCUUCAAAUUAUUAUUAAUUUUCAUCUCAGUUCUGCUGCCUGGAUUAGCACAAAUUUAAAUAUUUCUACUUUAUUUUAAGUGCUGAACUUCCAUAUUUUUGGCUUGGUUUGGGCAUCUUUAUUUAAUAUUGUAGAUAUUUAUACAGUUUACUUCCUUCUGAACAGCAGUACUGGAAUACAACGGACCAUGGUUGGAUACUUAAAUGUAUGUAGAUUUCCACAUUGUACUUCUCUUUUGGGAGGCUGGUCAUUAAACUUAAACAAAAAUGUAGUUUCUUUUUCAAAAACUGAGGUUUGAGUUUGUUUCCCAUUCUAGACAGAUGGAUUUUACUGAUGGGAUUUAAGCUUAAACUUAAUGUCUUAUUCCCAUAAGAAUUCAGUUUGCCAUUCACUCCACAAUAAUGGCUGUACGGAGUGACUUAUCUUUUGAAAUGUAGAAUUAUGCUACCCUUUCUGAAAACGUCGUGUUAUGGCUUUCAGGGAACUCAAAGUAAAAAGGAAUGUUCUUAUAAUUUUAUUUAUCUAAUGAGAACAAUUUAACCUUGUGUACAUUUCAUCCAGUAGGUUUUGCUGAACUUAAUGAUAUUUAAAAGAACACUAUUGACUUGUUUAGGCCAGGAAAUGUAAUUCCCUUUUAAAAUUGCCAAUUUCUCCUUACGUUUUUCUCAUUACAUUGUAUAUUUGCAAGGAAAAUUCCCCUUAAAUGCUUUCGUUGACCACAAAUAAACAUCGCAGAGGUCUUUUUAGUA